AUGAAGCACACACAGGUGGCUGUGCUGUUCCUCAUGCAAAGCAUGACUGCUCUGGCUGGAACAAUGGCAACAACAGAAGUGACCACUCAUCUCAAUAUGACACUUCCGUAUCUGACUCAGCCUAGCAAGACAACUGGCGACCUGCACACUCACUCAAAGAUUCAAUGGGACACACUCACUCCAAAUGGUCCUGCAACCCAGUAUCAAGAACAGAGUUUGCCUGAUGCACAGCUCCAGAUCAGGUCAGAGAUGGUAGACAACUUGAUGCUCUUUGCCAAUGUGUCUGGCUCUGUGGAUGACGAGGGAACUUGUCAGUGCUCUGUGUACUUGCCGGAUACCACCUUUCCAGUGCAGAAGGCUGAGCAAUUGGAAAUUAUAGCCGCAACGCUCUCAGAGAAAUUUGAGACAGAGCUUUCUCAAGUUAGAGAGUACUCAAAAAUGAUUGAACUGUAUCAGCAGCAAAUCCUUAAUCUAACCAUCAGAGUGGAGCAUAUGGAGAAGAACAGUGUAUCUUACACAGAACUGGACUUCCAGUUACUGAAAGUGGAAAUCAGUGACCUAGAGAGACUGGUCACACAGCUGAAAUCCAGCCUUGUUGGAAGCAAUGUCAUCGUUGAACAAAUAUAUUUGGAGAUCACAAAUCUGACUAUACUGGUAAAUGAACUAGAAUCACUGGACAAAACCAAUAUCCUUGCAAUUCGUCGACAAAUUGUGUCUCUGCAGAAUCGAUUGAAAGAGUGUGAAGACAGCAGAAACAAAACUACAGUACCCCCUUAUUUCCCACCCGGUAGCUGCAUUCACCGUGGAUUGCUGAAUGUCAGCCAGCCCUAUAUUGUAAAGCUGAACUGGAAAGGAUUUUCCUACAAAUAUGGUUCCUGGGGUAGAGAUUACUCUCCCUCUAAUCCAGAGAAGGAAGUCUAUUGGGUUGCACCAUUGAACACAGAUGGGAGAUACUUGGAAUACUACAGAAUUUAUAGUUCCUUUGACAAUUUGCUGCUGUUUAAACCCAUGUAUGAAAGUAGAAUAACAUAUGGGGAAGGAAGUGGUGCUGCCCUUUAUAAUAAUUAUUUGUAUUAUCAUGCUUAUAGUUCAAGAAAUAUGGUGAAACAUGAUUUAAAAACAAACACUGUGGUUUUGAGGAAGGAGCUUCCAGGUGCUGUUACUGGCAACCGUUUCUCUUAUGCAGGUGUAUCAUGGCAAGACAUAGAUUUUGCCGUGGAUGAAAGUGGGUUAUGGGUAAUAUAUUCAACAGAAAAUAGCAUGGGCAACAUUGUGAUUAGCAAACUCAAUGAGACCACACUUGAUGUGCUAAAUACUUGGCAGACAAGACAGUACAAGCCAUCUGUUUCCAAUGCUUUCAUGUUAUGUGGUGUUCUGUAUGCCACAAGGCCAAUGAACACUAGAAAAGAGGAAAUCUUCUACAUGUAUGACACGAGUACUGGCCAAGAAGGUCGUGUUAGUGUAAUUAUGGAUAAAAAGUUAGAUACAAUCCAGAGUAUUAAUUAUAGCCCCACAGAUCAGAGACUGUAUGUUUACAAUGAUGGUUACCUUCUAACAUAUGUUGUGACCUUUCAGCCUUAA